AUGUUAACCAACGAUAAAGUGAACUUAAGCCCAAUUUAGCAGUAAAACUAGUACAACUACCAUCAUAACUUGCUUAGAACUCUAACUUCUCCCAAUCCUCAGCAUAUAAGUCAGUUUCUGAAUAUUUUUAAGGCACCAAACUCUGAUAUCAUUAGCGAUAAUUAGAUCGGUACAUAAAAUAGGACCACCCAUCUUAAUUUUAAAAAGGAUUUUAUUCAGGCUGAUAAGUUUAUUUAAGGUUCUCCAAUAAUUAGUAUAAAUCCAUUCUCAUUCAACCCCUUGCACAAACCUAUCGCAAGAUUAUCUAACACAACCUCACUUUGCAACAGCAUUGACAAAGAAAAACUUUUCUUGAGUGUUGAGAAUAAGAUGCCUUAAUCAUGGCUUCUCUCUGACAAGAAAACUUCAGAAAUAAAUCAAAAAAGCAUCACGAUGAGUACAAUGUCCUCAAAUUCAAUAUUACCCAGUCAACAGUAACAGCAGGUGAGGCAAUUUUUGCUUUAGAAAAAUCAAGAAAUCUUAAGCGAAUUGAUGGAAACAUCUUAAAACUAAGAUUCAUUCUCAAACUGUUCUCCUCAAGAUUUUAAUACUAGCUAAGAUGAUGAGUAAAACGACGAAAAAUUGGCAGUAAAAGCCCUUACCAACCUCAAAAAAUAGAUGAGCGAGAGAGCUAAGAUCAUGAAGUCAUCUCCCAGUUCUUCUUUGAACUCUGAAUCCCAAGGAGGUGAGGAAAUGAAGCAGUUUAACUAGUUAAUAGAACAACAGUUUUAAGAUAUUUUCAACUCAAAGCAAAGACUAAAUUUGUUCCCACAUCAUAGAACUAACAAUAAUUAUCAACUCAAGAUAUUACAGCUUAGAGACUAGAUACAAAAAGUUGAGUCACAGAUCAUUCAAGAGGAGCAGUAAAAAGAUGAGAUCUUGCUGAAAAUUGAAUAAAUUGAAAAGAUAUGCAAGACUAAUUCUAACCAGUCUAGUAAUGGAUGGAUUGAAUAGUCUUAAGACAUUUCAAACAUCAACUAAUCAUCAAAUAACUGCACUAAUAAUGAUGGAAAAGAGAACACACAAGACAAAUUGAACGAUAAUUUGUAUAAGCUUGUGAGAAGAAACAGAAGACCCGCAAUGCAAAUCCAGAGACUUUUCAAGUGCCCAGUAGCCAAUUGUAAUAAGACAUAUGGCUCAGAUGGCUCUCUGAAUUAGCAUAUCAAACUCAAGCAUCCUGGAAUUCAGUAUGUCUCUAAGAGACAAGCUGCUUUGAAAUAGUAAACAGAGGCACUUGCUGGAGCUGAUGCUAUACUGAGUAAACAUGUUGAAGAUUCACCACAAAGUAUCGAUCGAAUUCAUGAUUCAGAGAAAAAUGAAGAUUAAGAAUUGGUGCAACCCAUUUAACCCUAAAAAGAUUAUGAAAAGAUAAAUGCUGUAAACCAAAUCUACUCUUAAAUCGAAGCAAUCGAAGAACAAGCAGGAAAUAAGUCACUUGAGUGA